GAGAGCGCUGGAUUUAUGCGCGCUGCGAUGACAAGCGCAGCUCAGACACGUUACUGCCUGCGAGUGUGUGAGGCUGUGUGAGAGUGUGUGAGCGUGUGUGACAGUGUGUGUGCGCUUACUGAUUACCAGCCGCCUCGGAUCAGGAGCAGAUUGGACUAAUACAUGCUGUCUGGGAGCACUACAGUGUUGGAUUAUACUCUUUUUGGGGGGUUUUGGUGCACUCUUUCUGCGCGUCAUCUCCUGCUGAACAAUUCUGCAACUGAUUAUUGUUAAUACAUGCUAUCAUGCCGAUGAGCAGCAGCCUGACGUGGAAGAACUACGAUUAUGACUACGACUCGGUGCAGCCGUACUUCUACUUGGACAACGAUGAGGAGGACUUCUACAAGCAGCUGCAGCAGGGUCAGGCUCCCAGCGAGGACAUCUGGAAGAAGUUCGAGCUGCUGCCCACGCCGCCGCUUUCCCCGAGCCGGCGGCCCUCCACCGCCGAGCAGCUGGAGAUGGUGAGCGAGUUCCUCGGGGACGACGCGGUCAACCAGAGCUUCAUCUGCGACUCGGAUUCGUCGCAGGCUUUCCUCAAGUCCAUCAUCAUCCAGGACUGCAUGUGGAGCGGCUUUUCUGCCGUCGCCAAGCUCGAGAAGGUGGUGUCCGAGAGGCUCGCGACGCUGCACGCGGCGCGGAAAAGCUUGUCCACGUCGUCCGCGGGCGAUGCCGUGACGGACAGCAGCGGGGUCUAUUUGCAAGAUCUUAGUGCAUCGGAGUGUAUCGAUCCUUCUAUGGUUUUCCCUUACGCGCUCACGGAGUCGCCCAAGUGCGCAAAAAUGACAGCGCCUCCGGAUCACGCGCCGCCCUUAGACACUCCACCCAACAGCGGCUGCAGCAGCGACUCAGAUGAUGAAGAGGAGGAAGACGAGGAAGAUGAGGAAGACGAUGAGGAGAUUGAUGUGGUGACAGUGGAGAAACGUCAGAGGAGGAGCGAGGCUGAGGCGAGCGAAUCCAGGCAGCCCAGUCCGCUGGUGCUGAAGCGCUGCCACGUCUCCACACAGCAGCACAACUACGCCGCCCAGCCAUCCACGCGGCACGAGCAUCCAGUCAGCAAGCGCCCACGCCUCGAAGCCUCCUCCACAGGCCAUGGUACCAGCCGGCACAGCAAGCCAAGGAAGUGCACGAGUCCUCGCACGUCAGACUCGGAGGACAACGACAAGCGGAGGACACACAACGUGCUGGAGCGUCAGCGCCGCAAUGAACUCAAGCUUAGCUUUUUCGCCCUACGUGACGAGAUCCCCGAAGUAGCCAACAACGAAAAGGCGGCCAAGGUGAUGAUCCUGAAGAAAGCAGCGGAGUGCAUCCACAGCAUGCAGGCAGAUGAACGGAGGCUGCUGUCCAUCAAAGAACAGCUGAGGAAAAAGAGCGAACUAUUAAAACACAGACUACAGCAGUUACGGAGAUCCCAACUAUAAAAAGCCGAAAAGAUACAGAGAGACUUUGCAGAAAACAAAGCAAACAGACUUUUAAGAACCGUUUCUCCUCAUUUUUUAUGCAAGUUGUGCAUAUCGUGAUUUUUUUUGUUUGUUUGUUUGUCUGUUUGUUUGUUUUCUUUUGAAUAUUGUCAGAUUUUUGUCUAUGGUUAAAACUGCCACAAUUUAAUGUGGUGGUCAAGUAAAAUAAUUUGUAUUUAAGUCAUUUAUUUUUAUUAAUAAAACAAGAAAACACAGGGAGUUGUGGCCCUAACAAAAUAAUUUGUAUUUUUCUUUUGUAUAUACUGAAUUCAUAUUUCAUAAAAAGUGUAUUUUUUGAUCUUUAUUGUCUGAGAGUUCUUCAGGCAGUAUUAUGUUUUGCUCUUUGUUCAAUCAAUUUUGAACCAUAAAUGCAUUUUUUUCUGAAAACAU